GCAGUGGUGGUGGUGGUAGUCUGGGCCAUCUGCUCGGUAGGUAGGUAGGAAGCGGGCGGGUGCUGCGGAAGGUAUAUAAAGGAGUGAGCUCAAGGCCGCGGCUCAAAUCACUCUCACCCUCCGGAGCGACAGCAUCAUGCGUAUUCUGGUUGCACUCAUGGUCGUGGCGGCGGCAGCGGCAGCCCCGAGUAAGCCCACCAAGACCUUCCCCAAGAAAUACGAUGCGGCGGUGCACGGCGUCAAGGACACGCCCUCUGCCCCACACCACGCCCCCGACAAGGACCUGCUGAUGCCCAUCCUCAGCCCCUUCGACGUGCUGAUCCCGCCCAUGCUGCCCGAAAUAGCUCCGGUGCCUGAGGAGUCCUCCUACACCGACUUUGUCCCCGCCGCUGGUGAGGGCGGCCUCGUCCCUCCACCUGAGGACACCUACAGCAGCAUGGCGGGCGAAAGACACUAUGCCCUGGUGCCUCCCCCCGCUGUCCCCGCGCCUGAGGACCCCAGCUCCUACCUGAGCUUCGAGACCCCCAGCAAGCAACCCUCCAGCUACGCCCGCACCCCGAGCGACGCCUCGGGCACCGAGGUGCUGGCGUCCCUGGCCGCCAUGAUCCAGGCGCUGCCACACAUCAGCUCCUACUCCAACUACCAGCCCGCCAGUCCCGAGGCCCGCGCCCUUGACAACGGCCCCGCCCUCCACCUCCUGCCGCCCCCGUCCUCCUCCAGCUCCUACGCCAAGGUGCCCGCCCCCCAGGCCCCGCACACACCCGCGCGGGAGGCCGCGGUGCCUCUGCCUGCCACUGGCCUGUCCCCCCCUCAGUAGUGACCCGUCAGCAGCAGCAGCAGCAACACCAAAGUUCUGUGGUUGUGUGGUCUGUGUAAGCCGAGGACACACAAACUUGUACAUACCGUCACAGAGAGCGGCACGCACAUGUACGUGACGUCCUACAGUGUGUGUACCGCUCAAAAAGUGAGCCUCCCUCCCCCUCCCCCCCAUGCGUGUCGUGUGGCUACGUGAGCACUACCUGUGUUGUGUGUGUUUGUGCACCGCGUUACUGCUCACGACGCCCUGCCUGCCCGCCGGCCCUUGUCUGGUCGCGCCGGCUCAGGCCUGGAGGGGAGGGAGGCUUCCUUGACACGUGUCAGUAAAGCGUAAUGUUAUUUUAUGAUAUACAUACACAUUUUCUACGACUAUACAAGUACAGUAGUGUUAGGACAGUGUUGUAAUUCCCGCGUGUGUGUCACUCGUUUUGCGAUAUCAGACGUUAUUGGAUAUGUUCUCAACUCUCUGCUCACCCUCCCAACUAUGUAUUGUUGUCUGGAAAAACUUUACUAUGAAAUACGGGUCUGAGGCCCAAAAGUUACUUAUUGUCAAAACAAAAGAAUCGUUUAGAACCAUACUUCGAUCUCGGCUCAAUUUUUCAGGUUUUGUUUUUUCCAGACACGAGUACUGAUAGGAUCAUACAAACAAAAUGGCGAUCAUAUCAUUUAAGAAUUUGUAAUCCCUUGAGAGGCCGUUGUGAUAUUUGUCUUUUAGUUUCACAAGUAUAACAAACCCGAGAGAAGCUGUAAGGGGCACGCAGGAUGGCAAGAAGAGACACCAACGUGGCAAUAUUAAUGAAGCGCUGCCUUGCGUGCGCCGCCUCCCACGCCUCGGCCUUCACCUCGCCGCCAGGAGUGUCCUCGAGGCAGCCUUUGAUGGACUUCUUUUCCCCAGAGUUACGAAAAGACUGGCAGCUGUUACACGAGACGGUGACACAAUACCGAACAUAAGUAGCAUAUAUAACGAAACAAAUAAACAUUACCGACUUCAA